UUCGAUUCGCGCUCUAUGAGAUACAUCGUAUGAGAUACUCGUUCGUAACGGACGGCCAACUUGAGAUACUCGAUCGCGAGUUGUUUGUUGUUGGCCAAACGAAAGCGAAAAUUGAAGAGACAAAUUUACAUAAAAAUAAAGAAAAAACGAAUCGGGAAAUGUGAAAAUUUUGAGGGGCAGUGAGAUGAAAAGAGAUAGAGAUGCCCGUUUGUCCGCUGUGCGUGUGUGUGUGUGCAGCGGCAGCCCUAGCAGCUGUUAGUGUGUGUGUGUACCGUAAAUGCAAGAGCUUAUGCUGCAAAAACAACAGCAAAAACAACGACAAACAGGAAUAAAAGUUAAAUCCUUCGAUCCCCCCGGUAAAUCAGUUAAUAUAUAACCGCCCGAAAUGCUCAAAAAUACAGACAAAAGCAGGCAAUUUGUUACGCUGCAAUUGGACUUCUUCGGGGCGUCUGAAAAAUCGAUUGGACGUAGAAUAACUAGCUACCGCAAACUAAUGGAGGAUUUCGAGUCCUUCGAAGGUGCCGAGCUGGUCCGAAAAUCAACCAAAGAGGGCGAGAUGACGGCGAUCUCCCAGUGAAUUCUUGCUAGUAACCGAGAGAAGAACGAGUUGCGGAAAUGUCGAAAAUGAGGGGUCGCAUUCUGAUCCCACUGCCCAAUACCGGAGCAAUGGGUCGCAAACGCAAUAACUUCUACAUGCGGAGUGUAUUCCUGCUGGCCCUGUGCAUCUUUGGUCUGCUGCAGUACCACAAUUUUAACUACUUGGACUCGCGGGACAAUGUGCUGGGCGAUGCGGUCACCAACGAUUCGGAUGAUGCCAUUUUGGCCAUGGUGCCCGCGACUCUGCACAAAUAUCUAACACCCCAUUCCCGCAAUCAUACCACCUCGGGUGCAGGAGUCCUUUCCGCAGCGGCCCUGCUAGUGAAUACAAGUAGUACCGGAGCUGCGACUGCCACCACAAUCAGCUUCGACGUUUACCAUCCUCCGAAUAUUACGGAGAUCAAGCGUCAGAUUGCGCGGUACAAUGAUAUGCAGGCGGUGCUUAACGAGGACGUCUUUGGGCCCCUGCAAAACGAUUCUGUGAUAAUUGUAGUCCAGGUGCACACGAGGAUUACCUAUCUGCGGCAUUUGAUUGUCAGUCUGGCGCAGGCAAGGGAUAUCUCUAAGGUGCUUCUGGUGUUCUCGCAUGACUAUUACGACGACGACAUCAACGACCUGGUUCAGCAGAUCGAUUUCUGCAAGGUGAUGCAGAUAUUCUAUCCCUACUCGAUUCAGACGCAUCCAAAUGAGUAUCCCGGCGUGGAUCCCAACGACUGCCCGAGAAAUAUAAAAAAGGAGCAAGCUCUGAUCACCAAUUGCAACAAUGCCAUGUAUCCCGAUCUCUAUGGCCACUAUCGGGAGGCAAAGUUUACGCAGACUAAGCACCAUUGGAUUUGGAAAGCGAACCGAGUGUUCAAUGAAUUGGAGGUGACCCGCUAUCACACAGGCUUGGUCCUAUUCCUCGAGGAAGAUCACUAUGUGGCCGAAGACUUCUUAUACCUGCUGGCCAUGAUGCAGCAACGAACCAAAGACUUGUGCCCCCAGUGCAACGUGCUGUCCCUGGGCACCUAUCUCAAGACCUUCAACUACUACACGUACCACAGCAAGACUAACAAGAAAUCCUAUGCUUCCUCGCUGAUCUCGACAAACAGUCUAUUAGGAUACAAUAGGAAUAACAAUAGAAACUCUGUGCAAUUAGCUGUGUCGUCCUCUUAUUCCUCCUCAUCAUCUGCGCAAUCACCACCGUCAUCCAAAGUCUAUGUGGGCGACACCGCUGACAACCAGAGAGCCAGUGACUCCAGUAACAAGCGGGGCAACCUCAUCAACACUGUCACCGCCACCGCCGCCACAUCCGACACCAACAAUAAUGAGCAAAGUAGCCAUAGCAGCAGCAAAAAUGGUGCACAAACAUGGAACUAUCAUGUCCUGCCGUCAUUGUAUUCCGUCUAUCAGAAGGUGGAGGUCAUGCCCUGGGUUAGUAGCAAGCACAACAUGGGCUUUGCAUUCAAUCGCACCACCUGGUCAAACAUCCGGAAGUGUGCCCGCCACUUUUGCACCUACGAUGACUACAACUGGGAUUGGUCACUGCAGCAUGUGUCCCAGCAAUGUCUGCGGCGCAAGCUCCAUGCAAUGAUCGUCAAGGGUCCAAGGGUCUUCCACAUUGGAGAGUGUGGCGUACACCACAAGAACAAGAACUGCGAGUCCAAUCAGGUGAUCUCGAAGGUGCAGCACGUCCUGCGCAUUGCCAGGAAUUCACACCAGCUCUUCCCGCGCUCCCUCACCUUGACGGUGCCCAGUUUAAUGAAGAAGUCGAAGCUGCGCAAGGGCAACGGCGGCUGGGGAGAUCUGCGGGAUCACGAGUUGUGCCUGAACAUGACGCUGCCCACGAGGUAAAGGUCAGAGGUGCCUAUACCCAAAUUAUAACCGCCACAGGAAGCGGAACGGGAAACCAAUCACAGUCAGUAGCCAGGAAGCCUAGCUCAUAGCGUUAUCUAAGUAGGAACAUUAAGCAGUAGCCGUAAACACUGUAAACGAACAUUCAGCAAGUACUCUGUAUCAGCUAACUAACCGAAAAUAAUCAAAGCCAGAAGCCCAAAGACCCUCGCCUCGGGCGCUGCACAACUCAUACUAUAAGUAAUCCUCUAGUCACAUAUUUAAAGAAUGCCGUGUUGUAAUCUCAUACCUUGUACCGUUUGCCCUUCAGUUCGUCGAAGAUCACUUUGUAUUGUUUAGGCUCCGUCCAGAUUUAAGGAUCGGCAGAGUUCCGAGCGACGGGGUAGCAAUCCUCACAACUGAAACUAAUCCUACUAAUACUAGCGAUCAAAUACAUAUAUUAACUCGUAUCCCCAGAUUGUGCCGAAGCCGUUUCGUAAACGGUCAAUGUAACUCGAGUCUAGAGGCAGCAAAUCGCAUAAACUAGUCAUAGCAAUGUACCACAUGCACAUGCGCAUUAACACAUAGAUCAAACUUUUGAUAUAUAUUACGGUCCUACGUUUUAAGCCUGUACAUAGAUGAAUUGCGUUGUAUACAUAACAUAAGGUCUUUUUAUGAUAUAAACGCUGUACUAAUGUAAUUUGUUAUUUUUUAAUCGUUAGUCAAAAGCGCUUUUAUGUAUUAGGAAUUUUUGAUUAAUUGAACGAAUAAUCUUAGUGAAUAAACGCCAAGAAAAGCUCUACCAGCC